UCAGUUACACUGAUGCAUGGGUCAAUCAACUAAGCUAUCAAACAACCACCACCCACAGUUGAUGCAUCGCCUUCCAGAAGCAUUUUCCCAAUCCUGAUAUGUCCAAACAACAAGUAACGAAAACAGAUUCGAUAUCUCAUGCAUGCAAUUGACUCCGGGAAGAUUGUCUUGUUCACAUACAGAUUCUGCUCAAAGAAGAUUCAACCCUAUUUUGCGUCAUUUAAAGUUAGUGACCAUUUACCAGUGGGCAGAGCAGAGGAAAGGACAGUAAAGAUGCCUUCCUUGUGACAGACUUGGAUGCUGUCCUUAAAAAACACAUCUGUCUGUCCUUUCUAUGCCGUCAAGAGCAACAACAGUCCACCUAUCAUCAAGAUGCUGGGAACUGUCGGUGCUGGCUUUGACUGUGCCAGCCAGGGGGAGAUUGAGCAGGUGCUGUCUCUUGGAGUGACACCCAAUAAGAUCAUUUAUGCACAUCCAUGCAAGCAGGAGUCCCACAUUAGGUAUGCUCAGGCCCAUGGAGUUCAAAUCAUGACCUUUGACAGCGAAGAGGAGCUCGUCAAAAUCUCCCGCUGUCAUGAUAGUGCCAAGCUGGUACUUCGCCUUGGUGUGGAUGACUCCAAAGCUCUCUUGAGACUCAGUGGGAAAUUUGGGGCCAAAUUGGGGAGCUGUCAACAUCUCCUCCAGAGAGCUCAGAACCUGGACCUAGAGGUCAUAGGGGUCAGCUUCCAUGUGGGUUGUGGUUGUACUGACUCCAAGGCCUACCGACAGGCAAUAUCAGAUGCCCACUGUGUCUUUAACAUUGGGGAAGAGUUGGGCUUCAAAAUGACUCUACUGGAUAUUGGUGGCGGCUUCCCUGGGCAAAAUGACUUUAAACUCACAUUUGAGGAGAUAGCUGCUGAUAUAAACAAAGCCCUGGAGGAGUUCUUUCCUCCUUCUUGUGGAGUCAGUGUGAUUGCAGAGCCCGGACGCUACUAUGUGACAUCAGCUGUCACUCUCGCCGCCAAUGUCAUCGCCAAGAAAGUGAUCAUGGAAGAGCUGUCUCCAUUCAACGGCGAUCAGCUGACUGUUACUAGUAGAACCUGUGAUAGAACAAAUUGUAGAACUGCUAACAGAACCAUGAUGUACUACUUGAAUGAUGGAGUUUAUGGUUCCAUCAGUUUCCUUUUGCAUGACCCCGCUCAAUCGACUGUCUCACCUUAUCCUCACAGGAAACCCAAGCCUGAUGAGCCAGUUUACCCCUGUGUGAUCUGGGGACCCACAUGUGACAGCGUGGAUGUGGUAGUGAAGAAUACCUUCCUACCUGAGUUACAGGUGGGAGACUGGCUCCUGAUUGACAACAUGGGUGCCUACACACACUGUAUCUCUACCACCUUCAAUGGCUUCAGAAAAACACCCAUCUACUAUGUUAUGAGCCGUGAUACAAUGCACUGGAUUCAGCUGUCAUGUACUCACAGCCUGAUUAAGCCAUGCUGAACCCUAGAUAUGUCAGGCAGAAGGACAGAUCCUCUACAAUCUGUUGACAGAUGUCACCUGGAUGUUGUGAUGUGAUGCCACCUGACCCUUUUGGAUGGCAAUAAAGUGAAUCCUGUUUGUGUGUGUUUUCAUUGUUUUAUUUCUUAGGUCAUGUUUCUGGAAUAUACUUUCGUUGUCCCUACGAUCAAAAAUAUGAUAUACUGUAUGUCAUUUGAAUAUUGAAAAAUAUAAAUGCUUUGUAUGGUCAGUUCAAC